AUGGCGGACCGCGAUAUCCUCUCCACGGCCAUCAAGCCGUCCCACUACAACCUCUCCAUCUCCAACCUCAAGCAGGAGGAUUGGUCCUUCCAGGGCAAUGUCGUAAUUGACAUCUCCAUCGCCGAGGCGGCGACCGAGAUUGUCAUCAAUGCCAUCGAGCUCAAGCUACACAAGGCCAAGGUUGUGGCUGGUUCCAAGACCCUUGAGUCGUCAGACUUCUCCUACAAUGAGAAGAAGCAGCGCGUGACCAUCAAGUUCCCAGAGGAGAUUCCUGCUUCCGAGAAGGCCACUCUUGACAUCGCCUUCCAGGGAACCAUCAACAACGAGAUGCAGGGUUUCUACCGCAGCAACUACAAGCCCCCAGUUCCCGCCGCCGAUUCUGUUUUCCGUGACGACACCUUCCACUACAUGCUGAGCACUCAGUUCGAGGCCUGCGAUGCUCGUCGGGCGUUCCCUUGCUUUGACGAGCCCAAGCUCAAGGCCACCUUUGACUUCGAGAUUGAGAUUCCCGAGGACCAGGUCGCUCUCUCGAACAUGCCUGUCAAGUCUGCUACCAAAACCAGCAAUGGCCUGCAGGUUGUUGCAUUCGAGCGUUCGCCCGUCAUGAGCACUUACCUCCUCGCCUGGGCGGUUGGCGACUUUGAGUACAUUGAGGCCUUCACUGACCGCAAGUACAACGGCAAGCAGAUCCCUGUCCGUGUUUAUACAACCCGCGGUCUCAAAGAACAAGGACGCUUCGCCCUUGAGCACGCCCCCAAGACUAUUGACCUGUUCUCAGAGAGCUUUGGCAUCGACUACCCACUGCCAAAGUCUGAUCUCUUGGCGGUGCACUCUUUCAGCCACGGCGCGAUGGAGAACUGGGGUCUCGUCACCUACAGAACUACUGCUGUCCUCUUCGAUGAGAAGACCUCCGAUGCCAGAUACAAGAACCGUGUCGCAUACGUUGUCGCCCACGAACUUGCCCAUCAGUGGUUCGGAAACCUAGUGACUAUGGACUGGUGGGACGAGCUGUGGCUCAACGAGUCCUUCGCGACCUGGGCGGGCUGGUAUGCUGUAAACGAGUUUCACCCAGAGUGGGAGGUGUGGGCUCAAUUUGUCAACGAGGGUACCGAGAUGGCGUUCAAGCUCGACGGCAUGCGCGCUUCUCACCCAAUCCACGUCCCUGUCAACGAUGCUCUUGACGUAAACCAGAUCUUCGACCACAUUAGCUACCUCAAGGGCUGCUCCACACUACGCAUGUUGGUCAACCACCUCGGCGAGAAGACCUUUCUCCAGGGUGUUGGCGCCUACUUGAAGAAGAACGCCUAUGGCAAUGCCAAGACAGAGUCACUCUGGCAACACUUGAGCGAGGCUUCUGGAGUUGAUGUUACUGCUCUGAUGGACAACUGGAUUGAGAAAAUUGGACAUCCGGUCCUUACUGUUGCAGAGGAGCCCGGCCAGAUCUCCAUCAAACAGAACAGAUAUCUCGCGACUGGUGACGUCAAGCCAGAAGAGGACGAGACUGUGUGGUGGGUGCCACUGGCUCUCCAGGGCCAAGUUGGCACCAACGACAUCCAGAAGCUUGCUCUGACCGAGAAGGAAAUCACUGUCCGCAACAUUGACGAUGGCUUCUACAAGCUUAACAGCAAUGCUACUGGUUUCUACCGCACCAACUACCCGCCCGCUCGUCUUGCCAAGCUUGGGCAGCAGCUUGAUCGCCUUAGCAACGAGGACAAGAUCUCCAUCAUCGGCUCCGCAGCCGAUCUGGCAUUCUCUGGACUGGGCAGCACCCCGGCGCUUCUAUCGUUCAUUGAGGGAUUCGGUUCCGAGACCAACCACUUAGUCUGGUCGCAGGCUCUGGAUUCUCUUGGCCUAGUAAAGGCCAUAUUCGGCAGUGAUGAGGCCAUCAAGAAGGGCCUUGACAAGUUCACGCUAAAGCUCGUGGAUGGUGCUGUCAAUAGGGUCGGCUGGGAAUUCCCAGAAGGCGAGGACUACCUCACUGGUUUGAUGCGCAAGAGAAUUUUGCUCGCCGCGGUUGCCAGCGGCCACGAGUCUUCUCUCCAGCACGCCAAGUCUCUGUUUGAUAGCUGGGCAAAGGAGGGCAAGGCGAUCCAGCCCAAUCUGAGAUCUGUCGCCUAUCGUGCUGGAAUCAAGCUCAGUCCUGAGGAGGCUGUCACUGCCAUCAAGAAGGAGUGGUACUCGGGCACUGCCGUCGAUGGCAAGGAGGUCUCUUUGGCUGCCCUGGCUCAGGUCGACGACGAAGCCAUCAUUAGCAAGCUGUUCCCGUUCUUGUUCGACUCGUCUCCACCCGCGCACGCCUCCGAGUCUGUCCCCUCGGCCGACAUGCACACCCUUGGCGGCGGUCUUGCCGCCAACGGCACAGCCCGACCGCUACUUUGGAAGUACAUGCAGGAGAACUGGAAGCAGCUCGAAACCAAGAUGGCCAACCCCGUCGUCAUCGACCGUUUCGUGAAGCUCUCUCUCAACAAGUUUACCGAUGUCAAGUAUGUGGACGAGGUGGAUGCUUUCUUCGCUGACAAAGACACUUCCGCAUACAACCGCACGCUCGAGCAGGUCAAGGACGCCAUCCGUGGUAGGGCCGCUUACCGUGAGCGCGACAGUGCCGUGAUCAAGGAAUGGCUCGGCGCGCAUGGAUACAUCGAGUAA